AUGGACGGAGCACUCCAUAGUAACAUCUUCGGCUUCGUCUUUGAGCUUCACGAUAGUUUCUCAGUCUCUAAAUCUGAUGUUGUCAGCCAACAAACGACGUACGGGAGUUGGCCCCGCCUCACCGGACCAAAUCUCACCGCUGGGCCAGCUUCCACCCCUGGUAGUGCCUUUGGAAACAAGUCUUUCAAUACCAUUGCCAAGCUUGGCGGGGAGAAACAACAUCUGAAAGUCGGUGACGGGGUACCUGGCUUUCGCACCUCGUUCAACGUCUCCGGGAAAGGAGGAGGUGCAUUUCGGCCCAUUAGUGAGAACUUCUCGAUCAUCCCGGUCAAUGGCACGCUUUCCCUUUCCCUUCCCAUCCAGACCUCCCCAGCUAGAGGCGGAUUUGGUCCCGAGUUGAGCUUGUCCUACAGCUCAGAGUCAGGAAAUGGGCCAUUUGGCUUUGGCUGGGAUGUGAAUUUGCCGGCAGUGAGUCGAAAGACGAGCCAGGGAAUCCCUCGCUAUGGUGAAUUGGAUGAUGACAUGACUUUCUCGGGCAUGGAUAUUGUACCACGACUGAAGAGUGACGGAUCCAUCGAUGUGAGACAAGAGCCGGGAUUUGAAAUCGUCAGCUACCGGCCUCGAGUUGAUACACAAGACCUUCGGAUCGAGCGUUGGGCCGAUACUAAGGAUCCUGUAGAAGUGCACUGGCGGACAAUUUCAUCCCAGAAUGUUACGUCUAUCUACGGCCGGGAUGACUCCUCGAGAAUCACGGAUGUUUCAGGCAGCGUGAAGCGUAUAUUUUCAUGGCUGUUGUGUCGAUCCUACGAUGGGAGUGGAAAUGCCAUGGAGUACUCUUACAAGCCGGAGGACGGUGAUGGAAUUAAGCAAGAUGGAAUCCUCCCCAUCUGGGAGAAGAACCGCCCUCUUGAUGUCAUAUCUCGUCAGAGAUACAUCAAACGCAUCAGGUACGGCAAUCGCACCCCAUGCAGAGACCUGAAGGACUGGGACUACUUGAUGUGGCCACAAGAGUGGACGUUUGAAGUCGUCUUUGACUAUGGCGAGCACAAGGCCCAGAGUCCUAGCACUUCCGGCGAACAGCCUUGGUUAUCACGAAAAGAUGCCUUCUCACAGGGCCACUCGGGAUUUGAGGUUCGCACAUAUCGACUAUGCCGACGAAUUCUCAUGUUUCAUCACUUCCCUGAAGAGACUGGCGUUUCAGAGAGCCUGGUAUCUUCGACUGAGCUCACCUACAACGAGACUGAACAAGGAACCUUCCUAUAUCAAUACGUGAUGAAGGGCCAUAGUCCAGCUCAGCCAGGAGGCGACAAUGCCCCCCCAACUUACCUCAGCCAGUCUUUACCCGCCUGGACGUUUAACUACACCACUACACCAAGACCAAGCCAACUCAAGGCCACACAGGCCAAGGUAGCAAACUUGCUCAGUAUUCCUGGAGUGGGUUCUUCAGUUUCGGAAUGGCUUGACCUCGACGGUGAAGGUAUUCCGGGCUUGUUGACGAGACUUGGAGACGACACCAUGUGCUACCAACGCAACCUUGGCAGCGCAGUGUUCGAUCAUGACACAGUGUUUCAGUCCCCUCAGGCUCUCAUUCAGCAACCUUCCCUGAAGAUGGUGAAGAGUGGAAGGUUUGAUGACCUUGAUAAGAACGGCCAUCUGAAUUUUGUUGCUGUUGACGCUCACGGUCGCCCACAGGGUUACUGGGAAUGGGGGGACCAGGACUCAUGGAGUGAGUACUCUGACUUUCCAGAGACUCCAACGGGCGAUGCACAGUCAGACGUGGCGGUAUCCAUCGAUCUGACUGGAGAUGGCCACGCUGAUGUUUUGCGUUCGUCUGGCGAGUCUGGUGAGCUGACCUGGGAGCAGAAUUUGGGAAAGCAAGGGUUCUCAGGUUCUCAAAGGUCAUUCAGCUUCAGUGCUAGUAGCCCACCACGCUUGAGUCAGACUCCAAUUGCUCAGACACAUGUUGCCGACAUGACUGGCGAUGGCCUAGCAGAUUUGGUUGAGAUAUCAGCGGAAAGGAUUACGUACUGGCCAAAUCUUGGGCACGGUAUUUUUGGCACCGCCGUCGAGAUGGGAAGUCCCCCAGUCUUUGGAGAGAAUCUCGAAUUUGACCAAGCUCGUUUGCGUCUGAUAGAUGUUGAUGGCAGCGGAACCACUGAUCUGCUCUAUCUCUUGCUAGAUGACGGCGCACACCUCUACUACAACCUCGCAGGGAACCGUUGGAGUAGGAGAACCUUCAUUCCCACGCUGCCCAGGACAGUCGAUCCCAAUUCUGUCUUCAUGCUUGAUAUCCUUGGCCAAGGAACAGCAUGUCUCUGCUGGGCAGACACAAGUGUCUCGGGCCAAACAGACAUCAGAUAUUUGGAUCUGAUGGGAGGGACGAAGCCGCAUCUGCUGAAAGGCUACUCGAAUGGUUUAGGAGCAAGCACAAGUGUGAGCUAUGCACCGUCGACAGGAUUCUACCUUGAGGAUCACGCCAAGGGGCGGCCAUGGACUACGAAGCUGCCUUUCCCAGUGCAGUGUGUUUCCAGUACGAAGGUCGUCGACCAGAUUACUGGAAACUCGGCGAUGACCGAGUACGCCUACCAUGAUGGAUACUACGACCCGAACGAGAAGACUUUCUCAGGGUUUGGCAUGGUUGAGACUUGGACAUCCGAAGUCAUCACCCUUGGGAAGGAUGAGACUCUCGAGACUCCCAAGACUUACACCAAGUCCUGGUUCAACCUUGGCAAUAGCCUCAAAGUCGACGAGGCACGAUUUUACAUGCCUUCACAAGUUUCGUCAAGUCUUCACGGCACCAGUGAUAGAGAUCGCGACCAAGCUCUCUUUUGUCUCAAGGGAUCUAGUGUGCGAACCGAAGUGUACUCCCUGGAUGACAGUGGGAGAGAAAACCUGCCCUAUUCUGUCGAGGAGAUGUCUUAUGAUGUUCGACAAAUCCAACCACGGUCGAUCAACAAGUAUGCGGUAUUUCAGGUCACGCCACGGGCUUCUGUCAGCACUGUGCUGGACCGAAAACAGGAUGACCACCGCGUGAGCCACGAGAUUGUUCUCAAGACCAACGAGUUUGGUGCCGUCGAAGAGUCUCUGAGCAUAGUUUACCCGCGCUCAUCUUCAUUCACGCUAUUCGACAGCCACCCAGAAGUUGCAAAGAACCAGGCUGCGGGUAAUGUCUCAUUCGUCAAGACUUGGUACACCAACUCGGUUGAUGAGCUGCAUUACUUUCGAAAUCCCAUUCCAUGGAGACACCAAGACUAUGAGAUUUUGCGCUUCAGCUUCAAAGACAUGGUUGACGUCGACGAUGUACGUACCUUCAACUUCAUGGGCCUUCCUUGCAGCAAGACAGAGUCGACUUAUAAGGCUUUGCGAUCCGAGAGCCGGACGUACUUCAAGAACGGUCAGCUGCUCCAGAGUCUGCCCGGAGGACAAUUGGAGGCUUACUCACUCCUCGAUCGAACCUGCUCACUCGCUUUGACACUUUACGUCCUAUCCAAGCUCAAGGACAAUCAGAAUGAGCAUGGAGUCGCGAUUUCUCUUGAGGAGCAGCUUAAGCAAGGUGGAUACAUUCAGUUGGAGGAUGACCCAGAGGGAAAUUGGUGGACCUCAUCCGGUCAGGCACGAUUCUCCCCCACGGACAACGAUCAGCUUGUGAAUGCUCGAACUUCCUUCUACACCCCUACCUUGUUUUCUGACGCCUUUGGAAACACAUCAACAGUCAAAAUGGACAGGGAUUAUCUCAUGGUGGAAGAAGUGAGAGAUCCUCUUGGGAACACCAUCUCAUUUGGCAAUGAUUACCAUCACCUGCAACCCGUCAAAAUCAUCGAUCACAACAGCAACAUCCAACAGGUUACUCUUGACAGCCUUGGUCGCGCUAUUGGCGUCGCUAUGGUUGGGAAGGCCGUGCAAACCCAGGAUAAUGACGACGGUGAUGCCAUUGAGCCUCUUGUUGGAGAGGAAGGCAGGAGGCUCCUUGGCAAAUCUGGAAGUUGCACUGUUUACUGCCUCAAUCAGUUUGAGACAUGGAGCUCUGGUCAGACGAGCUCGAGACCUGAGAGUCCGUCUCCCGCGUUCCUGUUGGAGGUAUCACGCGAUCUUUCUUUCCGACGGUCUGAGAAUCCAACACUACAUGUGUCUGUCACUUAUCUUGAUGGUCAUGGAGCACCUCUCCAGCAGAUACACCUGAACGACCUGAACAAAAAUGAUGAGAGGUGGUUGGUCAAUGCUGCAUCGGUAUCUGGCGCAACAGGACAGGUUGUGCGGACCUUCGCCCCUUUCUUCGCAUCUACUCCAAAUUUGGCCCCGGUGCCAAUUAUCUCAUCAAACGCGACAACUGUAUUUUGUGAUGGCGUUGGACGUGCAGUGGCUCAACUUCAUCCUGAUCACACGUGGUCCAAGACUGUUCACUCACCCUGGAUGACGACGGACUAUGGUAUUACAGACAUGAUCUCGGUGGCAAAUCCACAUGAAGAUGCUGAUGUCGGUCAUCUCUUCAGCCGCAUCAGUUCGUCCCGAUAUCUUCCUUCCUGGCGUGGGAUUAAUCUUCAAGGAACGAAGCAGCAGCAAACAGCCGCUGUAAAAUCCGCCUCGUAUGGCACCAACCCGACCACUACGCACUUUGGCUGCUGUGGGCUCCCAGUUAAAACGGUGCAAGUCGCAGAUGGGAAGGCGCAUUCACGAACUUUCUACUAUGAUUUCUCGGGUAACAAAAUUCGAGACGUCGACAGCCUUGGUCGGGUGUGCGAAGGGAUGGAUGAUGGAGACAUCGUGUCCCUUCAAGAUGUCAACGGUAGCCCUUUGGUCUCAUGGAACAGUCGUGGAAUCUCUUCCCGGCAUUCCUACGAUGCUCUACGACGAGAGACGGGCCGUUGGACACAACAUGGGUCAGAGGCUGCCAAGUUGACUGUGCAGAUUGUCUAUGGCGAGGACGCUCCGCAGGUAUCUGAUCGAAACCUCAAGGGCCAGGUCUGGAUCAUCAAAGAUCAAUCCGGUAAACACACCAACAAUAGUUUUGACAUUCGUGGGCGUUGCAUCGAGAAGGCCUUUUCUCCAGCAAAGGAGUACAAACUCUUGCUGGACUGGAACACAAGUCCAUCGCUACUGGAUGGCAUGUGCGAGACACAAUCAUACAUACACAAGGCCCAGUUUGACAAUUUUGACCAGACAUUGGAGGAAGAGGACCCAGCAGGGAACCGAACCGUGAGGGAGUUUACCCUGUCAGGUCAAGUCAGGCAGGUCACUCAUCAGCACGUCGAUAUUCCGGGUCUACAGGCGUAUCUCCAAGACUCCACGUUCUCAGCCGAUGGGCUUCCACUGAAGAUGACCUAUGGAAACAACACUUCAACUGAGUUCCGGUACGACAAGCUUUCAAGGCAGCUCAUCUCUCAGAGGACGACCUGCAAGGAUGGAGGCCGGGUAACUGUUCUUGAAGACCUGACACACGCCUACGACUGUGUGGGCCGCUGCAUCUACACCUACGACGCGUCUGAACAAACCAAGUAUUUCCAAAACACGAGAAUCGAGCCCAAGCGCGAGUACACCUACGACGCGAUUGGGCAGUUGACAUCCGCGUCUGGGAGGGCUCUUCUUCCGAGCACUGGCAUUCUUCACCCAUACAAUGCGACGACUGGAAUGAACCCCACCAAAGGCGCCGUCGGCGGCCAACAGGUUUACCAGUAUCUCGAGUCGUAUGAGUAUGAUCUCGCGGGAAACAUUGAGAAAAUGACCCAUGCUGCUGUCAACCAACCAAAGGCUUCUCAGUGGACGCGCCGCUACUUCUACGAUUCUCCGAGCCGUUUCAGCACCGACUCCGAAGUCCAGAUGAGCAACCGCUUGACCAGUACGACAUCUGGAUCCCUGUCGGAAGAGUGCGGCUACUCUGGCGAUGGGGGCCAGGUGGGUUGUAUGACAAGUCUGCCUCAGUAUUCUCAGCUGAGCUGGAAUUCUGAGAACUUGCUGGGGUCGUCUUCUACACAGUGUACCAAGGACGACACCCCUCAGACAACCUACUAUGUCUACGACUAUUCUGGAAAGAGAGUUCGAAAGGUGACUGAGAGUUUUGCCAAAGCUGGGUCUCCCACACGCAAGGAGAGAGACACCCUUUGCCUCGAUGGGGUUGAAAUCCAGCUCAAGUUUGUCGCAAACGACGUUUCUCACCGCACAAUCGCCCAUGUUACGGGUCACGAGCUUUUGGCCUUGGUAGAGAGCUCGACUGGCGAAAGAACGUUGCCACGAUACCAAGUUGGUGACAACAUGGAGCUUGACAAUGAGGGUCAACUGAUCUCGUAUGAGGAGUACUCGCCCUUUGGUGCAGUCACCUACUCAUCGAUGCAUCAAGAAGUCAAGGCAUCUCGCGAGUAUCGCUUCCAGCGGUACAAACAUGACAGAGAAACUGGACUCUAUCACUGCGGCGCACGAUACUAUUGCCCUUGGCUGGGACGAUGGACAUCACCUGAUCCUUCAGGAGAUAUUGAUGGACCAAAUUUGUACCAAUACUUAAAGCUGAACAUGCUGCUUUCAACAGCCGUUUAG